GGCUAACCCAUGUUCCAAAAAUAGCCGACAAAGCUCAGCUCAGUCCACAGUCCAGAUUUUCUUUUCCCUUUGUGCCUGCCGAAGCCGAACCCUGAGAGCCAACUGCACACGACGCUGCUUGCGCCUGCUCUGCUCAAUGGCCACCGAGAACAAGCCGAAGUCUGCUGCCUCCGUCAACACAAACAAGAGCAAGAAAAGGAAACAGCGCUAUCUCCCUCAAAAUAAGCCAGUGAAGAAGAAAGGUCCGUACCCUUUACACCCAGGAGUUCAGGGCUUCUUUAUCACUUGCGACGGUGGCAAAGAGCGCCAAGCCUCUCAUGAGGCCAUCAACGUUAUUGAUUCUUUUUAUGAAGAGCUGAUCUAUGGUAAGGAUACAGAUGUGAAGGAGCAAACGGAGUUGCCUAAUAAACCUUUAAAUAAAAAAAUAAAGUUUGUAUAUUCUGAUGAUGAUGAUGAUGAUGAUGAAGAAGAUGAAGAAGAAGAUGAUGAUGAGGAGGAGGAGGAGGUGGAGGGAGAAAAGGAUGAAGUGGAGGAUAGGGAAGAAGAGAAUAAACCAGAUGCUAACCAAAACAAUGAUGUUAAAAGUGAAAUUCCAACAAAUGAGAAGUUAGAUUUUCCUAAUGUGGAGAAUUCAUGCUGUGGAAAUGAAACAGAAGAAAAGACUAAUGAUAAUGAAGAGAGUGCUAAAGAUCUUGAAAAUCAAACAAAUGAAGCCAAGGAGCCUCCAGCAAAGAAGCAAUGUAUAGAAACAUGUGCUUCAAAAUCUGUUGUCCAGGAAAAGGGAGAGCAGAAAUCCAUUGAUAAGCUUAUUGAGGAUGAACUCAAAGAAAUUGGAGAUAGGAAUAAGAGGCGCUUUGCAACUCUUGAUUCAGGUUGUAAUGGUGUUGCUUUUGUUCAAAUGCGUAAGAGAGAUGGAGACCCAUCUCCUAAGGAUAUCGUACAGCACAUGAUGACAUCUGCUGCAUCAACUAGGAAACACAUGUCCAGGUUCAUAUUAAGAGUGUUGCCAAUUGAAGUUUCAUGCUAUGCUUCAGAAGAGGAAAUUUCAAAAGCAAUAGCACCAGUGGUGGCUAAAUAUUUUCCUGUGGAUACUCAAGAUCCGCAGAAGUUUGCUGUGCUGUAUGAAGCUCGUGCAAACACAGGCAUUGACAGAAUGAAAAUUAUAAAUUCAGUUGCAAAAUCAGUUCCAGGGCCGCAUAAAGUCGACCUUAGCAAUCCUGACAAGACAAUUAUAGUUGAAAUUGUUAGGACUGUGUGCCUGAUUGGUGUGGUGGAAAAGUACAAGGAGUUGGCCAAGUACAACCUCAGGCAGCUUACAUCACCAAAACAGUAGAGCAUUGCUAUUGUAGCUCUGAUUACAGCACGAGUUUCAUUAAUAUCCUGCUCUGUUAUACGUUUUUACAUUGUGACGGGUCCCCAAGUCUGUUGCUUUUAUGUAUUUUUCGGGUUAAAAUUGCUCCAGGAUUUAUCAUCACUGAUUACUGAUGAUUACUGACCUUCUUGGCUUCCGGAUAUUUUUUUAUGGUAACCCUUCCCGAUUCUGGUGCCAA